AUGGAAUAAGCCUCUAAUUAUUUUUUUAAUUCUCCUUAAAAAUAACAAAAAGGCUUUUGGGAUAGAAAUUUUGAUUUAUUGCUAAAUAAGCAUGAAAAUUUCUAAAUUUCAAAUGAUAACUGCACUACUUUCUAUAAAAAAGGUAAAUUAUUUAAAAAAUGGAUACCAAGAUAAUAUUCUAUAUAAGGAAAUUAUUUAUUGUAUGGAGAUAAUGUAAAAUAUAGUAUUAUUCAGAAAAUGAAAGGGUUCAGGAAAUUAGAUUGUGUAUACUUGCAUUACAAUUUACUAGACAAUGUAUAUAGAUAUCAAUUACAACUGAUAUAUUGUGGAUUUGUUCUAGACCUCUAUACUGAUCAAAAGAAAGAUUAUGAUAAUUUCAAAGAAUUACUCUAAUAGCAUUGCAUUUUAACUGAUUUUCAUACUUAAUAUAGUAUAUUGAAACAAAUUGGUUUUGGCUCAAAUGCUUAAGUAAUUAUUUUAUGUUAAUAAUUUAAGGUUUAUAUUGCAAGAAAUAAUUACAAUAAAUAGUACUAUGCCAUUAAGAGGGUCUAAAAAAAUUAUUCAAUUAAAUAAAAGAAAUUAGAGUAAGAAUAAGCUUUAAAAAAUGAAAUUUAGAUAAUGAAAGAACUAAAUCAUCCUAAUAUAAUAUCAUUUCAUGAAGUUUUUGAGACCAAUAGUAAAUAAUUUAUAAAUUUAUAAGAACAUAUUAAUCUUGUUUUAGAAUUAAUUUAAGGAGGAGAAUUACUCAAAUAAGGAUAAUAUAAAAGUAUAAGGGAUGCAAGAAUGGUAGCACGAUAAUUAGCUUUAUGUGUAGAUUAUAUGCAUUAAAAAGGAAUUAUGCAUAGAGAUUUGAAACCUCAGAAUAUUUUAUGUAAAACUAAUACAUCUGACGUUUUAAUUGCUGAUUUUGGUUUAGCAACUCAUAUAAAGGAUUAAAAAUAAUUAUAUUACAGAUGUGGAACAACUGGAUAUGUUGCUCCUGAAAUAUUGAUGUAUAAAGAAGGAUCAAAGAUGUACAAUGAAAAAUGUGAUAUAUUCAGUCUUGGAGUCAUUUAUUAUUAACUGUAUAUAUAUUAUAAACCUUUAAUUUUAAGAAUUUAUAAUACACAUCCAUUUAAGGAUACAUAGAAAUCUGGAAUUUUAAAGAAAAAUAUGGAAGUUGAUUAUAAAUUUGAGGAUUCAAUUAAAGUACCAUAAAGUUGCAAAGAUUUAAUAUCUUAAAUGUUAAGAUUUAAUCCAAAAUUAAGACCAUCAGCUUCACAAAUAUUAAGACAUGAUUUCUUUAAUGAAAAUUUGAAUGAACUUUCUUACCCAAGUUUGAUAAGUUCAUUUUAAGAGUAUAUUAAAAAUGAUAAUAAUUUAGUUUAAGUGAAUAAAAGAAAUCUGGUCACUCAUUUAAUUCAUAGAUUGGUGAAUUGAAGUUCUCAACAUUUCAGAAAAAUGGUUAAACUGUUUUUGAGAAAAUACCAUUUUUAGGAAUUAAUGAGUUCCAUAAUAAUCAAGGUAUUGAAUUAAAAGAGAGAUCUCCUAUUUGGAAUAAAAGGAUUGAGUUAUAAAGACCAGCCAGUUAACCAAGAUCAAAAGCCUAAUCACUAUAUUCGUAUAAGAACUUAGAGAUUAGAGGAAAUAAAGUUUCGAUAUUUCGUUAAUAAUCAAAGAAUUCAGAAAAUGAUUUAGAUUAAUCUCACUAAUAUCCUUACAUUAGCAUAGUGAAUAGAUGUAAAAUAAGAAAUAAAUGA